AUGGAUCCAACUUCUCUCUCGAUGGCUUCGGACGAAGGGGAACUCUCGUGGUCGGAUAAUCACAGUAACUCGUCAGACGACAACAUGCAAGACGAAAUGCUGCUUCCACACCCAACAACCUCUCAAACAGCAGCGGCGUGGAUGACUUCGGCCAGUGUUCCUCAGUCUCUCAGCGGGCAGCUGUCCCCAGUCAGUACCGCCAUGGAUGUUCCCAAUUUAGACCCGUCCGGCGACCCGACAAUGGUACACUCCGCAUCUUCGUCCUGCACCGAUUCCUGGAGCACCGGCCACGCCGAAACGUGUGAUGGAGACGACGCUGACAACGACAUCGUAUGGGAACAGGAUCCGGACGACAUUCUCGCCAUACCCAAAAUCGAACCCCUGGACGACGACUUUAAGCUGGACGAUGUCAAGGAGGCUCCAUUGACGCAAGCACAAGUGUCAUUAGUGUCGGCAGCAAACCCGCUGAAGCAGAAGCGGCCCCGAGGACGACCCCGCAAGCAUCCCGUAGCGUCGAUUAUCAACCAAAGUAAGGUGACCAAGGGUCGGUCCAAGACUGGGUGUAUUACCUGCCGGAGACGGAAGAAGAAGUGUGACGAGGCGAAGCCGAGAUGUAUGAACUGCGAAAAGAACGCUGUCGUCUGCGAAGGCUACCAUGAGAAGAAGCUAUGGAGAAGUGGCAAGGAAAAGGCAACCAAUGGUGAGUACUCAUUCGUCGACAUGGCAAACAUGGUGUUUAACCCAAACAAAGAUCAUAUUGGAGACGAGGAGUCACUCGUUUUCACCAUGCAACCCCUGUUCAACGGCGUCGACACUAUCGAGGACAAGAUCUUCUGGAGACAUUAUGGUGUUCAUCUCAGCAACGUUCUCACUGUCGAGGGAGAAGCCAAGAAUGCCUUUAAAGAUAUUAUUCUUCCUUUGGCAAACCUUCAUCAAGGCGUGAUGCACUCAAUUUUGGCCAUGAGUAGCAAGCACAUUGAUUUCGACACUCCAUAUGGCGCCAAGUUACUCGAGAGAAAUCCGACGACCGACCGCGAGGCGCUUCAGGCUCGGUCAGCUUACCACGAGGAACAGGCAAUGAAGACUCUGUACGCCGACAUGAAUCGUUCGGCUGAGGAGGACAGCGAUGAUCGCAACACAAUAUUGUCGGCGCGUUAUGCCCAAAUUCUUUGCCUCAUCGUCACGACACUGAUCGAAGGCGAACCUCAUGGCGCGCAUCGUGUCCACUUGGGCGGAUACAAGCGAUUGAUCCAAGAGACGCCUCCGGAGGAUCCCGUUUUCCUGGCCUUCAUCACCGAAUUCUUCCAAUAUCACAUUUACGCAGACGAACUCCUCUGGCAUCCCACACUCAACAGCCCACGCUUGGCUUCUGAAGACUGGAGCCCUCUUGUUCCGUUGGACUCACCUCGCCUUCUGGGUGUUGCCGAUGGCUUGUUUCAAUACCUUUGCCACAUAACCACCAUUCGAAACGCUAUCCGGGAGAACAUUUACAGGGGCGCUGAGACCGUGGUCACGUACCACGUUUUGUAUCGGGCGCAAGAAAUUCAAGAGGCAAUUGAGCAGUGGAUGCCUCUUUGGCCGCCAGGCGACAGCCGUCACAGAGUCGGGCUGGUUUACAAACACAUGAUGUUUUUGCAUCUCUUCCGCACAGUAUAUCCCCCCACAUCUCCAGAGCGACGGCCUUCUGUCUACUCUAUAGCGACAUCCAUUGCCACCUCAACCUCAUCAUCUUCCUCCCGCCGGCACUCGCAAAUCUCUCGGCCAUCUACUGCUACAAGUUGCACCUCGUCUCCAGGCCUGAGGCCGAGCAUGGCUUCCGGGUUCCCCUCUUCGAUGCAACUCAAACGGGAGCCUAGCUCUCGAGGACCAUCCAGGACGAGCUCGAUGCAUGAAUCCGAUGCCGGGUCCUCGAGCUGUGCUGUGAUUGACGAACAACGGCCAGGCUCUCCGCCGCCAGUUCGUCGCCCGCAACAGCAUGACAACCGCAUUACUACUACGGUGGACGAGUCCCUAUCGAUCAUGGAGGGUUUCAAGCCAUCAGACCCAGCGCUCACUCUUUUGCUGAUGCCAAGUCUGGUCAUUGGUACUACUUGCUUCGAUCCCACACAGCAAGAGCGACUUCGAGGCAUCAUUCGGUCCGUCCGGGGCUACACCGGUCUUCGCAAUUGCGACAGAGUCCUCGAAGUCCUCGAAGAAGUCUGGCACCUCAUGGAAUUUGGUGACUGGAUUGCCGUCUGGGACUGGCAGAGCGUUGCCAGACGACUGGGGCUUGACUUCUUGUGCACCUGA